AGAGCGGGGUUCAAGACGCAGUGACAGCUGCAAUCCGGUGUCAUGAUCAAAGAAACCAGGUUUGCCCCUACAGGGGUCAUCUAUUCUCAAGCGUCCGGCCACACCAAAGGCCCGUACAAAAUCGGUGGACUGGAGAAGGCGCCCAAGACAGGAGAGCAUCCGUUCGAAGCGCUUCAAGCGGGUGCCUUCAAGACACAAGCGCUGAAGGACCAGGGUGUGCUGAAUGCUCGGCCGAGCCAGUUUGCUGCCACCGUGAAAAGCUUUCAGGGGCCACCCACAGUGAAGCCCACUGGGGCCAUUGGGGACGCCUUGGAGAGCCUGGAUUCCACUGCCUUCGAGUGAAGAGCGAGGGCGAGUGAGGGCGCCCCAUGGGUGCCAGAUGCCUGGAGCAAGGAUACUGAAACACGCAGUGGCUGGUGAGGUGACAUUAAGGAGAAUGGAGGUUUGGGGAUUUGUUGAUGUGGAAGAGAUAUGGUGAGAAGUCCGAAAACAUGCUCUUUUUGGCGU